ACCUUUAAGCAAUUCGCACUUUCUUAAUGCAACUUUAUCAUACGCAAGUUUGACUUUCAUAAAACCAAUUAAUUCUGUCAAAUAAAUUAAUACCUUUUCGUAUUGGGCAUGCGCAACGUUCUACGUGACAGAGCAUCCAUGUAGGUUUCAUGCUUCAACAAUUUAGAUUUAUACAGAAAGUGAGUUAUGUAGAUUUUUCAGCAUAGAAAGAUUGCUCAAUGCUAAUCAAGGUAAUCACAAAAAGAGCCAUUAAAGAAUUAGGAAUAUUAAGCACGCCAUGAGGGAAAAAUCUGUUUCCACGAAAUAUUUAAGUUAGUAAAUAUGUAGAUCAGUUGGUAUCAUCUUUUCACGAAAGAAAGAUGCUAUAUAAUUGGCUGUUGCUUGGAUACAUUCUUGUUUGGGCACAAUUACUAGACACCGCACCAAGAAGUCAAGUCUCAGUUAGCUCCAGUGCAGCUGCAUCCGUUAAAUAUCCUCCACCUGGUCAAGGUGGUUCACCACAAGCAUAUAUUUCCUCUUUGUCAAGUGCAAAAGCCGAUCCAAAAAUACCAGUUACUGUAAAUGACGGAGCAGCAGGUACUGAUGAGAUAUGUCUACCCGCUGUAGCAUGUCAUCAUAGCGAUCAUCCACCUGAUCACCCACCAGAUCCACCACCUGAUCCACCCCCACCAGAGCCGGCACCUCCACCACCAUUACCACCUCAUGUACAUAUAGAUUACUACCAUCCUCCAGAACCACCUCCACCACCACCACCACCACCACCUCCACCUCCACCACCCCCGGAACUGCCCCCUCAUGUUCAUUUAGAUUAUUAUUAUCCAACCCCAGCACCUCCUCCUCCUCCACCACCCCCUCCCCCUCCUCCCCCACCUCCUCCUCCUCCUCCUAUCACAAUUCCUAUUCCAUUUCAUCCGCAGAUGCCUCCUUUCAUCGAUCAUCAACUUCAUUUUGGGCAGUUACCACACGAAUUAGUGCACGCAGGCCCACAUAUACAUCCUCCUAUUCUACUACCACCGCCAGAGCCAGUGGAAACAUCACCACCAGAACUACCUCAAGAAAAACCAAAGACAGAAUGGGAUUACGAACCUAGUGACACAGCAUAUGGUCCGGCAAAUUGGCAUAAACUAUCACCACGAUGUGCCGGACCUAAUCAGUCACCAAUAGAUAUAGUUACUGACAGCACAACUGUAAAGCCGUUCGACAGUCCAUUAGCUUUUCAAAUGGAGGCUGGCACUCCGAUCCAAGGAAAAUUAGUUAAUACUGGAAAGACUGUGGGUUUUAAUGUGCAGGGAGGUAGUCCAGUAUUAUUAAGUGGAGCUGUAUUGGGAGAAGAUAGAUACAUAUUUAAGCAAUUUCAUUUGCAUUUUGGAUGUGCAGGAGGUCAAGGUUCCGAACAUUCAAUAGAUGGAAAAAAGUAUGCCGGAGAAAUUCAUCUCGUUUUUGUAAAUCAAAAGUACCAAAAUCCAAAGGUUGCAAUGCAACAGAAAGAUGGUUUAGCGAUUCUAGCUUUUUUUCUACAGAUAAAUCCUGCAGCUCCACCCAAUCCAGAAUUUCAAAAAGUGGCAGUCAAUGUUGGAAACAUUGCUAAACCUAAACAAGAAGUAAAUAUUCCAAGUGGUAUAAAUAUUCGACAAAUGUUGCCGAUGCUACAAGAAGGUUUAUCAAAUUUACGAAGAUAUGUGUACAGAGGAUCUAUACCUACUCCGCCAUGUUUUGAAUCUGUAACAUGGAUUGUAUUUAAAAGGCCAAUCCAAAUUGGACCCGAUAAGGUUGCGAAUAUAAAAAAGGCUAAAGGAAAACACUUCCUAUCAUUAUGUGGCAACACACGUCCCAUACAGCCGCUAAAUGGUAGAGUUAUACACGAGUUUUCACCUGCUCCAAUCACUCAAAGACCAACAACAACACAGAGGAGGAGCACUACAAUGAUGAUGUCUACACAACCUGGUGUUAGUCGACGUCCAUUUACUGGUAGUAGACCCUCGUUACCGCCAGGAGCCUCACGUCCCGCAAUACUCACUGUUCCAACAGGGUUUACACGUCCAGGAGGAUUUUCUGGUUUCAGAAGGCCGACGGCGUCAACCAUUUCUACUAGAGCAAGGUCAAACAAUGUUAUGUUGACAUAGAUGCUGGAGUUAAUAAACCUCAAAGCUGAGUAAGCAGUUGGACCUUCUGGUUUGUGCCAUCAGCUUAAGUGUAGAUUUCCCAAGGAGCGAGAGUUGAAGCAAAAGAUUUGUGACAUUACGCUAUGGGUUAUGUUGUUGCUGAAAGGAUGUCCGACAACAUGAACAAAUUAACUGAAUAGACUUAUUAGCCAAGAUCGUAUAGAAGGAAGAGAAAUCAAGAGUUUUGCAGACUAAAAGUUUUUAGUGAAACAUUAUGGAAACACUCGAUAAACUAACAAAACCCAAAAAUAUCGACCAGAGCUUAUAUAUAUUAAAAAGGAUUGAGUAACUGCUUUAUCCCACAUUACAUUUCCGUCGUGUUUUACACGUACUCUUAUGACCCCGGCCAUAGCUAUUAGUUUUACUUUCUCCACCUG